AUGACCUGUUCAGACACUCUCCAAGCGAUGCAAGCUCUACGCGCUCAGAUCCUUGACAACUUCUCUAUCGCCAUGCCCGAGGAACUCAAAACUAAGAUCGUUCUCGCCCAUCGCACUGACACUUGGUGGUGCAUCGUCUACGGCAACAACAACAAGCCCAUUUGGAAGACUGGCAAGGGCUGCGACACUGCGGAACUGGCUUUGCGCAAGAUGUUGGUCUCGUCAAGCGAUCUGGUGUAUGACAAGUUCCACAAAGACGGAUUUGUGCUUGAUGCUUGA